AUGAAUGAUCAUCGAAUAAUAUCUCCUAUUGAAAUGUAUUCAGUUGCACGUCAUAAUAGAAAUUAUUAUAAAAGUGUUGUUUUUUAUAUUCGAUUUGAAAUAUUGGAAUAUUCUAUUUCUGAAUGGUUAACAUCUAUUGAAAAAUGUUUACGUUUAACAAUAAAUGCACAACCACGAUUACGUUUACAAGUUGAUCUUUCAAGAAAAGAACCAUUUUUUAUUAUAUUACCAAUGAAUAUAUUUGAUUGUUUACCUAUUCAAAUAAUUCAAAGAACUAAUCAUAAUGAUUAUGAUGAUAAACAAGAUAUUUUUUUAAAUCAAAUUAUAGAAAAUGAAACAAAUAUUGGUUUUCAUUAUAAUACAUAUUUACCUUUAUGGCGUAUUAUUAUUCUUAUUUCACAUUAUAGUAAUACAUUUGAUAUUAUUAUGACAUUUAAUCAUGCUAUUGCUGAUGGUAUAUCAGGUAUGGCUUUUUUUACAACUUUUAUUGAAUAUUUAUCAAAUAAAUCAUCUAUGAUAUAUACAUUGAAUAAUGAUCGACCAUUACAUGAAAUAAUUCCAUAUAAAUUACCUAAAUAUUCUUCACUCAUAUUACAAAUAAUUGAAAAAAUUCUUUUACCAAAUAUUCUUAGUAAAUAUUUUUUUUCUAAAACAUAUUGGACAGGAAAUAUUCAAAAAAAUGAAAAUAAUUUAUUAUUUAAAACACAUUUAGUAUCAUUUAAAUUAUCAAAUGAAAUUCUUGAUUUAUUACAUAAAAAAUGUCAAUUAGAAAAAACAACAAUACAUACAGCAAUAUUAUCAUCAUUAUUAUUAUCAAUAAUAGAAAUAAUUGAUAAAAAAAAUCUUGAAUUUUCUUGUAGUACAGCGAUUAAUCUUCGUCAAUAUUGUCAACCAAUAAUAUCAAAUAAACAAAUGGGAGUUUUUAUUUCAGCUGCAAAUACUUAUCAUUAUAUACCAUAUAGAGAAUAUUUAUUAGAUUUAUUUUGGCCAUUAUCUCGUCAAAUAAAAGAACAAAUAAAUCAAGAAAUCCAACAUUCUGUUAUACCAUUAAUUCAUUCAUUAAAAUUUAUACAUAAUUGGAAUCAAUUUUUAAUUGAUCAACGUAAAACAUUACCAAAUGGAUAUCAACAUAGUGUUGAAAUAUCAAAUUUACUUCGAUGGUCAUUUAAAACAAAUAAUACAUCAUUAAAAAUACUUUAUGGUGGUUUUACACAAUCAGCUAAUAUUAUUGGAAAUGUUUUUCUUCUUAGUGUUGUUACUAUUAAUGAUAUUUUAAAUGUUUAUAUUUCAUUUCAUGAAGAAAAUUUUCAAAAUAUUCAACAAGUUAAUUUUAUCAAAGAUAGAAUGAAACAGAUUUUAAAUCAAGUUAUUUAUUUAUAA